AUGUCUUCAUCUACUCAUUCUCACAAAAGGAAGAAUAGUCAUUUAUUCCCGCAAAGGAAGAGUUCGAACUCUUCCAUGGAUAACCCGUUCUUCCUUGACAGCAAUAACGCGACUAAUACGGAUUCUCAGGUUAAUGAGAAUGAAUAUACCAUUGACGAGGGCAGGCCGACGGAUGCCACAAUAGAUGUUACCGACGGUCCUCAGACGCCCUUCCUCCAGGAGCGCUACUCAAUGACACCGCGACCAGAAAGUUUUGAAUUUGAUGACGUUGAGAACCAGGGUCGUAUGCAAUCGUUCUUCAGCGUAGACUCAUUCAAUCGCCGCUGGGGAGAAUGGUCCCUACCAGAAAAAAGAUCUUAUGUUUUAGUCUUUACUUUAAUAGCACUAUUAGUCUUAUUUUUAAUGGUCAUCUUAAAACCUACGAAAUUUCUAUCUAAUCGAACCACGCCCGCUGAAACAUCUCCAGAAAAUCCAAGCUCGAGUAAGAGGUCUUUCUCAAUCGAAAAUGUUUUGGACGGAGAUUUUGUCAUCCCUGAAAAUACUUUCCACUUUAUUAACCCACCUCAGAUCUUAUUAAGUCAAGACUUGGAUCCCGGAUUAUUCUUCACCACAAAGGAAAUUGAUGGGCAGACACAUUUUAUUGCUAAACAAUUAUUUGAUGAAACCUUUGAAGUAAAUUUAGGUGGUAAUAGAUUUCUGUAUCAAGGAGCCGAGUUUACCGUCAGUAGUGUCCAAAUCAAUUAUGAGUUGGAUAAACUUAUACUUGGAACGAACUUAGAGCCUGAAUUUAGGCACUCUUCCAAAGGUUAUUACUGGGUCAAAGAUUUGAGCACAGGUGCCAUUGAACCAAUAUUACCACCUGAAGAGUCAAAUGAUGACAAUGAAUUUGGAUUAGUGAAGCUAUCCUACGCCCAUUUUUCACCUGCUUACAAAUACAUUUAUUUCGUCUAUGAAAGCAAUUUGUUUUUACAAUCAGUAAGUGCCAGAUAUGCCAAGAAGCUAACCGAAGAUGGCUCAGAGGAGGUGUUCAACGCCAAACCAGAUUGGAUAUACGAGGAAGAAGUCCUCGCGUCUGACAAAGCCAUAUGGUGGGCCCCGGAUGACUCCAAAGCUGUUUUUGCAAGAUUCAAUGACACGAAUGUUGAUGAUAUUCAAUUAAAUCAUUACACCGACAUGGACGAACCAUACCUUUCUAACUCCAGAAUCAAAUAUCCUAAGCCAGGUUUUCAGAAUCCCAAAUUUGACCUAUUUCUCAUCAACUUGCAAAAUGGUAUAAUCUAUUCAAUUAAUGCCGACUGUCAAAAUGAUUCCAUUCUGUAUAACGCGAAAUGGAUUAGCCCGGAUGCAUUUAGAUUUGAGGUCACCGACAGAAAUUCCAAGAUAUUGGACGUCAAAGUUUACGAUAUACAAUCUGCCAAACUACUUACCGUGAGAACCACGGAUUCAAACUUGUAUAAAGGAUGGAUCGAAAAGACAAAAGAUGUCUUGAGUAUUCCACCAAAGCCGGAGUCGAAAAGGACGGAGUACGGUUAUAUCGAUAUUCACACAGAUAUUGCGGGAUUCAAUCAUCUUUUUUAUUAUCCAAGCAUCCUUGCUAAAGAUGGUAUUCAAUUAACCAAGGGGAACUGGGAAGUUACUGGGAAUGGCAUUAUAGGUUACGAAUAUGAAACUGAUACUGUAUUUUUUACGGCCAAUAAGAUCGGUGUAAUGUCGCAACAUCUUUAUAGUACUAGUUUUGCGGACCCAACAUCUCAGGGCAAGCUCCAAUGUUUACAAAACCCAUCAGAUAAACAUGAUUUCUAUGACUUCGAGUUAAGUUCCAGUGCGAGAUAUGCUGUUUCCAAAAAAUUGGGCCCCGAUACACCGGUGAAAGUAGCUGGACUGCUCACAGAAGUUUUAAACGUUGCCGAUACCCACGAUGAUUCAAUUGUGCAACUCACAAUUGAUGAGAAAUUAAAGGAAACAAUAAAGAACUACGAUUUACCCAUUACAAAUUACAAUUCCAUGGUUUUAAACGAUGGCAUUGAAAUAAACUACAUUGAAAUUAAACCAGCAAAUGUGGAUCCUAAGAAAAAAUAUCCAAUAUUAGUCAAUAUUUACGGCGGUCCAGGAUCUCAAACAUUUACUACUAAAUGGUCGCUUGCAUUUGAACAAUCUGUCGUAUCAGGACUGGAUGCGAUAGUUUUACAGAUAGAACCCAGGGGGACUGGCGGGAAAGGUUGGAAUUUCAGAUCAUGGGCUCGCGGAAAAUUAGGAUACUGGGAGCCUAGGGAUAUUAUCGAAGUCACCAAGAAAUUCAUACAAACAAAUAGGCCACACAUAGAUGAGAAUAAGGUCGCAAUUUGGGGUUGGUCUUACGGCGGUUUUACAAGUCUGAAAACUGUAGAGUUAGAUAAUGGCGAAACAUUCAAAUACGCGAUGGCAGUUGCGCCAGUGACAAAUUGGACAUUAUAUGACUCAAUUUAUACGGAAAGAUAUAUGAACCAACCAUCAGAGAAUCAGGAAGGCUAUCUUGAUAUAUCCACCAUCAAAAAUUACAAAUCAUUCGAAUCAUUAAGACGACUCUUCGUCAUGCACGGCACUUCUGAUGAUAAUGUUCACAUACAAAAUACAUUUAGAUUUGUAGAUCAACUGAAUUUAUUGGGACUGACCAAUUAUGACAUGCAUAUCUUUCCGGAUUCUGACCAUUCCAUCAGGCACCACAAUGCCCAAAGGAUUGUGUUCCAAAAACUAUACUACUGGCUAAAGGACGCAUUUGAUGGACACUUUGACAACAUGAAAAUUUUGCAUCUGUGA